GUAAGUGAUGAGAUCAAUGCACGAAUAGUGAAAGCCAGAGCGGCUUAUGCCAAUCUGGGCCACCUCCGGCGCCUUCGUGAUGUUAGUCUGGCUGUAAAAGGUCGGAUCUACAACGCGUCGGUGAGAGCACUUUUGCUCUAUGCUUGUGAAACCUGGUCUCUGAGUUGAGGACGUUAGACGACUCUCUGUGUUCGAUCAUCGCUGUCUCCGAAGGAUUGCUGACAUUCAGUGGCAACACCGUGUCAGUAAUGCAGAGGUUCGGCAUCGUGUGUUCGGGCACAGAGAUGAUAAUUCAAUUGGUGUCACCAUCUUGAAACACUGACUUCGGUGGCUUGGACAUGUUCUCCGAAUGUCGUCCCAGAGAAUUCCACGUCGUACAUUAUUUGCCGACUCUGGGACUGGUUGGAAGAAGCAGAGAGGUGGUCAGUGCAUGACAUGGUGUCGGGGUAUGAAAGAAAGCUGCAACGGACUGGCUUCUGUCGGUUCUUCACGACUCCCUGGUUGGGGUCUAAGAGAUGGUGCAACACAGUGGCUAGAGACGUUAUCAGAUAUGGCUCAGAAUAGAAGCCAGUGGCGAUCCUGCUGUAACCUUCUUUUACUUUCUUCAUAAAAAGUGGUUGUGUCUCCCUUACCUGAAAGAUUUCUUCCGAUUGUAACUUUGCGUUCCGUCAUUACUGCCACACUACCUUACACCAAUCUCUUCGUUAUUGUUCUCUUUUUUUCUAUUUCUCUUCGAAUUCUCAUUGUUUUGUGUGGCGCAUAUAUGUUGGCGCUCUCUUGUACCAAUAUUUAUGUGUUCAAAUAAAUAAAUAAAUAUUUCUGGCUACCACUAUCGGGAUAGUCAUCGCUGAUGUGCCACCUGGCGUUCUCCCUCUGCUUUGCAAGCCUGGACUCAAGAUUGGUUACAUCGCUUUCAGCUCGCUGUUGUGGUUGUGUACAAGAACCUCCUUUUAGAGUAACUGUCUGCACUCGGAUCAUCCGAUUGUUUGCGUUUCAGUUGCCAACAAAUUCAUCGCCCCAAAUGGGCCAAUGUCUCCAAAUCGGUUGCAGCUUGUGUUACAACUAAAUAUCAAACCGAGCUAGGUUCAAGGGUGUCAACCCACCAGAAUGUUGGCUUUCGUUAUGGUUGAUGAUAUAUUGACCAUGUCUUCACUCUCCACCAAAUGUUAGAACACCGUCAUACUUAUCAUAGGCCAGUAAUCAUUGUGUUUCUUGACUUCAGGGCCACCUUCGAUUCGUUGGACAGGUUUGUUCUCUGGGUUUGUCUAUUGAAAAAGAGUGUGCCUGAGAAGCUUAUUGACAUCUUGGAAACCCCUGUAUACAAACACCUCUCUCCACUGUUUCAUUCAAGCAGUUGGGUUAGGCGGGGUUGCCUAACCUUUUUCAACUUUGCUAUCGAUGACGUUCUGGAAACAGCGCAGAUGGAUGUACGUAAUGGUGGUGUGGAUCUGUUGUGUGGAGAAAGACUUUUCGACCUCGAGUAUGCGGAUGAUAUUGCCUGACUGUAGGAUGAUACUCAAGCCAUGCAUUCCGCACAUAAUCAGUUGGAAAUUAGUGUCCAUGGGUAUGGUAUGUUCUGUGAAUCUUCUAAGUGCAAAUCACCGAGUUGAGGAUUUUAGACGACUCUGCAUUUGAUCAUCGUUGUCCCCGAAGGAUUGCUGACACCUAGUGGCAACAUCAUGUUGGUAAUGCAGAGGUUCGGCAUCUCCUAUUCGGGAACAAAGAUGAUGAUUCAACCGGUGUCACCAUCUUGAAACAUCGACUUUGGCGACUUGAACAUGCCCUACGAGUUUCGUCUCAGAAAAUUACACUUUGUGGAUUAUUCGCCGACGCUGGGGCUGGGUUGAAAAGGCAGGGAGGUGGCCAGUGUCUGGCAUGGUGUCGUGGUAUGAAAGAAAACUGUACAGGACUGGCUUCUGUUGGUCCUGCACGACUCAUUGGUUGGGGUCCUAGAGAUGGUGUGACACAGUGACUAGGAACGUUACCGGAUAUUGCUCAGAGUGGAAGUUAGUAGCGAUCCUGCUGUAACUUUUCUUUUACUUUCUACAUAAAAAGUGGACGUAACUUUAACUGGAAGAAUUUUUUCGGGUUGUACACUGGCUAACUGAACCGUUUCUCCCAUUAUUAUUAUUUCACUCAUACAAUUAUUUCUGUUCGUUGUUCUUUUUAUUGUACACAUUUUCGUUUCUCUAUCUUUUCACAACCUCAUUGUUAUUUUGUGGCGCAUAUGUAUUUGGCGCCCUCUUGUACUAGUGUUUACCAGUGUUCAAAUAGUGAAGUAAUAAUAAUAGUAAUACAAACUUACUUUGAUAUGAAGUUGUCCAUGUAUAAUGACUUUAAAAUAUUAUCUUACUGCUGAUAAAAUGCCCUAGAUUUUCACGUUUCUGAUCAGCACAAUCAAUAUUUUAGGCCAAUUUGAUAAGGGUUUUCUUGUUAAGCAAAUGUUAGUCUCAAAAGUGCCCCCAAGUGCCCUGGUACGGCCGAGGGUGGGGAGAGUCAGCUCUCUUUCGAAAUGCUCUCCCAUGGCCACGUAUACAGCCACUACCAAGGAAGUUCUACUCACUGCCUUCUUGCGGUUAAGGUGUUGUUUACGAAAUUGAGAGGACAAUCAACAAAGUUACCCAUAACAAAUGUUCUCACUAUCUAAAAUAACUCUUCAAUCUAAUCUCCAGCAACUUAAAGAAAGAAAUAAAACAUGAAGCAUGUACAUUCAGCUAGUACCAAAGAUGAUGAAAUAUGAAAUUAGUAGGGAUUAAUUAAACAAUUUAAGAUAUCCAAUGAUGACCAGUUAAUGAGGACAUAUGUUUCAGAGCAUUAUAUUUAAAUUUAUGACAGCUAUUUAAAAUUUUUGAAAUGGUAAUUUCAAAAAAAUAUUUUCUUGACUAAUUUUUAGAUGAAGUUUAAGAAAACACUAAACGUCGGUGUUGAGUCUGUGGAAUAUUUAACUGAAUUGAUACUUAGUACUGGGAAUCGUGAACACGAAAACAGUAGAGGAAGAUUUAUUUGACACUGAAAACAAAUUAAAAUGGUUUAGAAACACCACUUUUCAUAUGAUUUAUUUACAGUCAGACUGCCCUCAAAUACCCUGGUACGGCCGAGGGUGGGGAGAGUCAGUUCUCUCUUUCGAAACGCCCUCACAUAACCACGCGUAUACAGCCACUGUCAGGGAAGUCCUACUCACUGCCUUCUCGUGGUCAUGGUGUUGUUUACGAAAAGCGAAUUUCCGGCGCUUUAACAGGGUUGGAGAACGCGGAAAGUUCACUCAGUGAGCUGAAAAACCCUGAUUCCAACCCAGUGGUGCACAUGGGCUCCAGGAUCCUGGGGAAAAAAUGGUGUACGAUUCAAUUAAUUAUCACCGGCUACCAUGGGACGGCAUCUCCUGACGUUGCUGCACUGCCUUAUGGAUCAGACCUCUAAGUCGAAGGCUCCGGGUGUGGCUCCCUAAGAAAAUCACCUGCUUCAGUUUGGGCAGUCGGGUAGUAUCAUAGCCCACACACAACUCAAGUGACUUGUGUGGCGCAUACGUAUACGGUGCCCAUUUGUACCAAUAUUUAUGUCUUCAAAUAAAUAAGUAAGUCCUAACAGUACUAAAAACUAUCCUCAAGUUCGCAAAAAUCACCUUAUCAAUUUGAACUUCUGAAUGCUUAUUAGUAAUUGGCUUAAAUACAAAUCAAGUCACUUCCAUGAUAUGAGAAGUCAAGCAUGAAUUGUAAAAUUUGUGAGUAAGGAGUAAAAUAUAGUUUUUUUGGAAUUAACCUUAGCUAUUUUUUUUACUUCGAUUGAACUUUAAACGGUAUGAAUUCAUUUUCUUAUCAGAUUUUAAAUGUCUCUGAAAACAACAAGACGGCUUACCGGGAUUUUCUGUUUAUAAUAUCGAACGAAGUUAACACUCAGCUAUUUAAGGCACCUGUUUACGAUGUCUCUACGCUUUUAUUUUAUGAAAUUCAACGGGUAUCGUGGGGGCAAUUACUAUUUUAUGGUAACAAAACACUUGUUCACUAAUAAUCCAUAAUGAGGAACAUAAAAUCUUACUUUUUGAAUCAUAUAAUUUGUAAAGAAUGCUUAGCAUUCAGCUGGUAGUUUUAUACACUUAUUUUUCUGGAUUUAAUUUUUACGCAUUUACAUAUGUCUCCAGUAGUGCGGUUGUAAAAGUGAUCAAUAUUACUUGACUAGAUACAUAUGCUUUUAAGUAAGAACUAUAUAUAACAGUGCAAAUAUUACUAGUGAUAGAAAUGGUUUAAGUACUUGGUUUUCAACAUCUAGAUCAAGAGUUUGAUUCUCAUUUUGUUUACCAAGGUUUGGAUAUCCAAGCAACAUCAUCAACUCCCAUACAUAUGGUUUGGUUAAUAGUCGAUUACAUUGGUGUGUAUGCAUAUAUGAGUUGUACUUUUAUCAUUCCUAGUUAGGAUCGAAUUUACCACCUACAGGUUUUGUAAUUUGUUAGUUUGAGGCUAUAAUUUGUUGACUUCACUUACUCGCUACUCUCUUGUCCUCUUAUGUUUUGUUUAUCAGUUAAUAUGUACCGAAGAGGUGCUAAACGAUGGAAAAAGAAAUUUUAUUUAUUGCAUGGUCAUCAGUUUGCUGCCAGACGAUUUAAUCGGAAUGCCGUAUGUGCUUACUGUAAGGAACGUAUAUGGGGUUUGGGACAACAAGGGUUUAAAUGUAUUAAUUGUCGUCUUCUACUUCAUCGUCGUUGUCAAGGUGGCGUGCGUCAUAAAUGUGGUGAAGCAUUCAUAAGACCGACCUAUCAAAACAUGCGUUCAAUCUCUACAUUUUCCACCGGUUCCACUCCUAUUGUGUGGGAUAAUAAUGGAAACAGACCUACAACCAUAGCAACAGAUCUAUCUUCUGGGACAAGUAAUACACUCCCAUCUCGUCUUCCUGUCACUAUUCAACCAUGCAAAGAUAAUUCAAAGCCACCAAAGCUAGAAAAAAUCAUUGGUUUAUGUGAAAAAGAAUCAAAUCAAACAUCAGACAAACACUUUACGCCGACAUCCAAUACAAAAAAUAAUCUCAAAUCAGGUUCAGACAACUUAAUAAUUGAAACAAGUGGUGGUGUUCACCCUAGUAGUGUACCAGUUCCCGUUUCAAUCAUCACUGAUAAAGUUGAUGAUAAGUCCAUACCAAUCAUAGAACAGCGCAUUAUAGAUAUUCCUGAUAUUCCAAUCACUUCUGGACGGGUUGGUUUACAUGAUUUCAAUUUACUCAAAGUGAUUGGUCGUGGUAGUUAUGCUAAAGUAUUUCAAGUAGAGCAUAAACCAACUAAUCGUAUAUAUGCAAUGAAAGUUAUUAAAAAAGAAACUAUUCUGGAUGAAGAGGUACGUUUGGUUUGUACUUUCGGUAAUUUAACAAAUGCUUUUGGACUAACGGUUUUUCAUACCUUUUGCAAAUAUGUAGAACGAAAGUCACUAAAUAUAGACUUAGUUUUAACAAAUGUUUAUCCAUCAUUCUCUGGCAGUGGUUGUAUGCACAUGACCAUAUGAGAGCACUUCGAGGGGGGGAGUAUACUCUCCCCACUCUCGAGUGUACCAAGGCAUUUCGGGACUGUCAGAUGUUCACUGAAUAUAUGUUUCGCAAUGCUUCGGAAUUUACUCAGAGUUUCGACUUUCCUGCAUCGAACAUGUGAAUAUCUAGGUUCAUUAACUAUAAUAUAUGUAAAAAUUAGACAUAAAUCGAUCUUCACCACUUUACAUUUUUCUGGUUCCAUUAUUACCUAUGAGUUUUUCUGUGACUCAUUUGUUUACUGACAGUGUGCAUAUAAACAAAGCACUAAACAUAACAUCAAGCUCCAAAACCCAACCGCUUCUAUAGUUUUCGUUUUUCUCUAGGUUUGAGUAAUUUUAAUAAAUGGAUGUCUCAUGAAUUCAGCCGCAUAACGUAGGCCAAAAUACUCCUUAUCCCUUUUAAAAACAUAUUAGUAUCCCAUAAUGUUUUAUUUAUUGCGACAUAACUAUACCAAAUGAGUCUGCCACUUCGUGAGUCUAAAUUACUUUAACAAGGGCAUAUAAGUGAAGGCUGAGCACACAAACGUUAGUAUCGUUGUUGAAUAUUACUAGUUGUAGGAAGCAAUUUCCCACAGAUUCAACUCUAAGCUAAUCUCUAGACUGUCGAGUACAGAGUCUUGGUUUAGCCAAAGUCAGAACAAGCAAGCUAUUUGGCUAGAUAAACUUUAUCUGUUUCUAAAACAUAAAUUAACAUCGUUAGUGUACAAACAAACAGUACAGUCUAUUAAUACAGGGAAAAACAGACAAAUAACAUACCGAACAGUAGCCAGAGAAUAGGAAAAAUGAGUCAACAAGCCAAUAUUGUUUUACAAUGAACAUUAAACUGUGAUUGGCUAAUAAAGAGAUACAGUCGUACAAGGUCAAAAGAAGUUGAUGUGGUGGUGGGCGUUCCCCUUAUUAUUGGUGGGUUCGUCUACCAAUCACAUUUUACACUAGUUUUACGUUACAAUUGUACUGCAAGUUUCAGUGCACUAAUUCACUAACUGUUAAUCUUAGUCAAAUUAAGAAUCAUAAACUUGAUUAAGGUCUUCAGGAUGAUAAAAGUUGACUUUUAUAUAACCCCUUAAGCGAAAUGACUCAAAGACCAUCACAAUAGUCCGAAUCCAUCUUAUUUUUGUCUUAUAAAUCAUGGACAUUUAGUUACUAUUCAUUUAGCUCCCAUUAUUUAUUUUAAAAUGUCCUUCUAGUUAAUCUUCUGUUUGUUUACUGUUAGAAGUCAUUGUAAUUUAAAGCAACGCUUCUGUAUUCAAGGUUCUGUUUGAUGUUGUUAGUCUCAGGUUCAUUGUGAAAUCGAUUAUCACUGUUGAAGCUUUGUGCAUGCAAACAGACGACAGUUUCAGGAGAUAUUGAAUAACAGUAAUCUUAAGUAUUGUAUCACUGGUACUACCAGUUGGUAAUCGAAUGGAGAAGUUUUGGUUGAUAGAAACUAAUAAAUGCAAAAAGGAAUGGGAAUUACGGUUUAUUCUAAUAAAGGUGAGGAUUAAAAGGAUGCUAAUAAAAAACAACUAUCAGUUCUUUUAAGAAUGACUUGUAUUACGAAUUAAGAGAGAAUUGAGUACAAAUACAAGUGAUAGAAAACGUUAAGGUAUUAAACUAAAUACUGAUGAAAACAAGACUACACACAAAACAAAUUAGUAUAUAUUUACUUUACAAUAGAUCAUUUGAGCGAAGUUUAAAAUAAUUUGAAAUGUAUUAAAGACAAUAAACUACAUUUCAAGUUAUAUUUUUUAUGCCCCAUUGGAAUGGAAUUAGAGUACGUAAAAAUAUAACAACACUGAUUUUUUUAUAAUGAAUAGCUACACCUCCAGAAAAAGCAAGUAAUUAACGACAAGAUUUAGAGAUCUGUAGAAUAUCGUAAGGUGGAAUCUAGGUCACAGUGUCGUACGGAAAAUGGAGUUAUUACUAAGCAAUAAAUGGGGCACAAUUGUGUUCUAAGUAAAGCCAAAGGGAAUGAAAAAGUAGUAAUUAGCAUAAUAAAAGACUGAACACCAUCAACAGAAACGACACAAAAUAAUAACUACUGGUUUGAUGAAUGGAUUCAACUCCCAGCUGUGAUUUAGAAGAAGCAGAUAAUUCAUCGAGUACGAUAUGAUUAUAAGAUGACGCCCUUACUAAGUUGGAAUUCAUUGGAUAUAUAAACUUUACCGUAUUAAUACAUGGCUAUUAUGUAAAACAAAAACUUCUACAUGAUAGUGAACCAGUUGAAAAACGCGUUCCGGUGUUUUCUACUACUCAGGGUAUAAAAUUGUUAGAUGAUUAUCAUCAUUGAUAUGGCAAUCAAACACUAAAAACAUCGUUGCUUCUGUUUACUUAGAUCUACAUAGUUCAUACUAUGGAAUUCAGUUCGAUUAAUUAUUCGGUUUGCAUUCUAAUGAACGACAAAAGUACAAAUUCGUAUCACUUAUCUUUCAAGAAUUGAACAAAACACUUUUUAAUAUAAACUAAUCCAUUACAAACAUUCGAUUUUAUCAGCAUUUCGACGAGUAUUUUCAGAUUCAGUACAGGUUUGCUUAUUUCGUCUGAGCCAAUAUAUAUGGCGGAGACUACAGCAAUCCUCAUCUUCAAUAGCCCCAAAUGACCUAUUAAGAGUUUGCUCUACAGUUCCAUCGGUUGGCUAAAUUAGUUUUUUAUCGGUCAUAGAUGUAACCUCAUUUGACAUUUUUUUAGUCAUCAUUCUACGUAGAAAUUAACAUAUUAACUAAUUAUUUUGGAAACACGUGGGUCAGGUGACCUACAACUUGCGGAAGCCUUAGUGACCUAACUUUCCAAAUUGUAGCAUUGAAUGUCCACAGUUCCAUCAUGAAAGAUCUUCCUAAAACGAACAGUGUGACAGAAGAGUAACAUGCUCAUCCGAACAUACAAGAUAGUCAAUGAUGUUCUAGAAAAGGAAUGGAGUCCAGGUGGAUUGGAGAUCGAAAAACUCAGUCCACUGGUUCAACAAAAGCAUGCGAAAAUGUGAAAGGAGGUAACGACAUGGAUUAAAUUGUCUGUGGAGGACUAUGGGAACAAACUGUUACUAACGACUUUACGUGGUAUGGUAUAAAAUUUGAACUCAUUCAUUUAAACAUAUUAAACUGUGUUAUAAAGAUUUAUGAAUGUAAAUAACACUUAGAUGUUCAUUAUAUUAUUCAAUCUUUCUGUUGAUAAUCUUUCAUUACACUAUUAAAUCUCCAUUUUUUGAUGCUCGCACCGAUACAAAUUCCCCUUAUUGAAGGAUACUGGAAAGUGAGUUCUAUGAGUCCAAAUAAAUUAUAGUGAAAAAAACUUCCUGUGAAGUAAAAAACCCAGAGAACUAUGAUUUUUCUAAGCAAGAGUACAUUGCUUCUGAAGUAGCCUCUGUUCUACAGAUGAAUCAGUUUAAAAUCAGACAGCAAAACUCAACCCCAGGUAACUAAGUUUUUACUUGAAUACUUUGUAAAAAAAACUACCGUCUUAGGGAACUGAUAAUAUAUUAAUUCACAUAAACUAGACAGUAUAUGUAAAACUCGUUCUUCUCAUACUUCCAAUACUAGGAUAUUGAUUGGGUUCAAACAGAAAAACAUGUAUUUGAAUGCGCUACUAACCAUCCAUUUUUAGUUGGUUUACACUCGUGUUUCCAAACUAGAAGUCGGUUAUUCUUUGUCAUUGAAUUUGUUAAUGGUGGAGACCUAAUGUUUUAUAUGCAACGUAAUCUUCGUUUAGCAGAAGAUUACGCACGAUUCUAUGCAGCUGAAAUUUGCAUUGCAUUAAAUUUUCUCCAUGAACGUGGUAUUAUUUACCGAGAUCUCAAGUUAGACAAUGUUUUGAUGGAUAGCGAAGGUCAUAUUAAACUGACUGAUUAUGGAAUGUGUAAAGAAGGAAUCAUCGGAGAUAUGACUACAACUACAUUUUGUGGUACACCGAAUUAUAUAGCUCCUGAAAUACUGAAAGGAGAAAGUUAUAGUUUCAGUGUUGACUGGUGGGCCCUAGGCGUACUUAUGUUUGAGAUGUUAGCUGGUCGAUCUCCUUGGGAAGGUGUUGGACAGUCAGCUAAUCCAGAUCAAAAUACUGAGGAUUAUUUAUUUCAAAUCAUUCUCAGUCGUCCAAUUCGUUUUCCACGUUCUAUUUCUGUUCGUGCAACCAGCAUACUUAAUGCAUUUCUCCAAAAGGUGCCAACUGAACGCCUUGGAUGUGCGCCAAAUUCAAGUUUUGGUGAUAUUAUGGAGCACGGAUUUUUCAAACCAAUCGAUUGGGUAGCUUUAGAAAGGAAAGAAGUUCAUCCUCCUUAUCGUCCAACAUGUGGAGGCGAUAGAGAUCUGAUACAUUUCGAUCCUGCAUUCACCGAUGAACCUGUAGUGCUAACACCAGAUAACGAGGCAGUGAUGUCACGUAUGGAUCAAACAGAAUUCGAUGGUUUCGAAUAUGUGAAUCCUUUGCUCAUGUCGUUAGAUGAACAAGUGUAAGAGGAAUUCUCAUUCCCCCCCUUCCUCAAUGGCUCGUUGUGUUAAUCUAUCUACCUUCUUUUUUUUUAAAAAAAAAUCACUUUUAUUCAAUACUACCAUCAUAUCUAUUAACAAAUAAAUAAAUAGUAUUUUAUAUUGAAUUUUUUUUUAAAAAAAAAAACUAAUUUAUCAUAUACAUUCCAUAUUCAUUCAAUUAGCAAAAUAAAAGUUGUUUAAAUCAUUUACCAACAGUUCAAUGUUAAAUUAACUUAAGAACAUAUCAAAUGUUAAAAUAUUUUCACUUCUUUUGAUUUUAGGGUAUAAUUCUUGAAAUAUUUUCUUUUUAUAUAAGAAAAAAAUAUUGCUUACUUGGAAGUUUAUAUUAUUUGAAGCACACACACACACACGUACAUAUAUAUAUAUAUAUAUAUAUUCCUAGGAAAAUUUAUUUUGUUUGUUUAUUAUCAAACAAGCUUCCUUUAUUGCUCCGUGUUCUUUAUUGAUGAACAAAUGUGUUUAAUUAUUUUUUCUCUCGCUCAAUUAAUUCUGAUGAAAAUAAAUGCUGACUGUAUUUCUAUCUUUUUCGAAGUUGUUGUUGUUGUUUUUUUAUAGUUUUUAUCAAUGUUUACUUAUUUUCUCUAAUUUUAUAAUUAUGGAAUGAGUUUAAAGUAAAUUAUAAUGAAAUGUUCAUUGUAGUUACUGGUAAGUAGUAUUAAUAUGAUUUAAAUGAUAAAAUGAAAUACUCUUAAAUUUAACACUCAGUGAAGAUAACUUUCUGAUGACUUCUAACUACUUACUACUUUAAAAGUAUUCCGAGACAUAAAACUAGAUGGCCAAAUUUUUUAAGUAAAUAAUUAAUCAACUUUUUGCGCUAAAUUUCUCUGAACGAAGGUUUUUAUUUUUGAGAAAACACGAGAAUUUAUUAACUAUAUCAGUGUUCAGUUACAUAUUCCAAAAUUGACUUAUCGAAAUAAUGGUUCAUCACUUUCCCUGUUAAAAAACUUGCCAAACGACACAUUUUAGAGAUUAUUUUACAAAACCAGUUCAUACCAAUAUUAGCUAUUCACAUAGAAUUCAAUUCUAAUGGAUAAUUUUAUUGACUAGUAAGUAUUCACAAGGAACAAAAUACUUUGUUA